AAGAAUGGAUCAAAAUGUUCACUACGAUUUUGGUGGAGGCGCCGGGAACGGCCUCUUGCCAGUCUCGGCCUUCUCUGCCUACAGCUUGCUGAGGAGAUGCAAUUAUUUUUUAACACCACAAGCACCAUCAGAAAUUCACGCCAAAACAGCACCUAUUCAAAGAAUUCCCCUUGAAUCUUCUCUCCCAGAAAACAUUUCAUGCAAAGAUAACGAAAAAUAUUUCUUAAAUUUACCAAGAAAAUCCCUGGUAUCACCACCUCUUUUCGGUUACCCUCACCAUCUUCAACAUGGUUUACAAAAUGAGCAAUUAAUAAAUACUCGUGUCAAUGUAACAUCUCCGUGUUCGUCGUUAUAUUCUUCAAACUUUCGGCGACAAAGAGGAGAGAAGAAACCAAUUCCGGAAGAACAAAAAGAUGAAAAAUAUUUCGAACGAAGACGUCGCAAUAAUCAAGCAGCGAAGAAAUCCAGAGAUGCGAGAAAAAUGAGAGAAGAUCAAAUUGCACUAAGGGCCACUAUUUUAGAGCAUGAAAAUGCGAUUUUGAGAGCACAGGUGUUAACUUUAAGGGAGGAAACGUCGUCUUUGAGACAACUGCUUCUGGAGAAGAAAACGUUAGAAAUUGCUUCAAGAGAUACGCAAAUUUGUGGCUCGUGA